AUGUAUAAACUUUCUAUAUUAAAUUCUGCAAGACUGAUUCGGGGAGGCAUCAUGUCUUCUAGAUCUGUCUCUACUUUGACUUACAUUGAAUUAGAUAGAAAUGGUCAGAUCACAUCUUCUGCCUUAAGUUCCUUAGCUGCCUCUAGAAAAUUGGGAGAUUCAAUUGAUGCAUUGAUUCUAGGUGCAAAUGCCAUGAAGGCUGCUUCUGACUUAAUCUCCUCGGGUAACACUAACAACUUAGAAAAGAUUAUAGUGGCAGAGUCUCCUAUCUACGAUCACACUCUGCCGGAAUAUAUAUCACCAUUAAUAUGUGAACUUAUGAAAGGAUCAAAGUAUUCUUCUUUCGUGAUGGCAAGCACAGAAAUUGGAAAAAAUGUCCUUCCACGAAUAGGUGCAUUAAUGAAUACACAGCCAAUAUGUGAUAUUACUAUGAUACACAAUAAGGAUACGUUUGAAAGACCUAUUUAUGCAGGUAAUGUAUUAGCCACUAUAAAGAAGGAUGGUGGCAAAAAGUUAAUCACAAUAAGGGCAUCAUCAUUUCCGCCCGUUGUGGAAGGAACUCCGGAGAGAAUUCCAAUCGAGAAAUAUUCAUAUACACCCGAGAAGGAUGUAGGCAUUAGAUGGGAUGCUGAAAAUUUGGUAACUAAUAAGAGACCUGAUCUGGCGUCGGCGAAAAUAGUUGUUUCUGGAGGUAGAGCCUUAAAAGAUAAGAAAACCUUUGAUGGUCUCCUUGGAUCACUAGCCGAUGUAUUACAUGCGGGUAUAGGUUCUACAAGGGCUGCCGUAGAUAGCGGGCUGUGUGACAAUUCUCUCCAGGUUGGACAGACAGGCAAGAUAGUAGCGCCUGAUUUAUAUUUUGCUAUUGGCCUCUCCGGAGCCAUUCAACAUCUGGCAGGUAUGAAGAAUUCGAAAGUUAUCGUAGCAAUAAAUAAUGAUGCAGAUGCCCCUAUAUUUCAAAUAGCGGACUAUUCUUUGGAAGGUGACUUGUUUGAAGUCGUACCAGAAUUAACUAAAAAGCUAAAACUAAUGGAGAAAAACUGA